AGAUGUCUCCACGGAGCGAAGUGCUCGCCGUCGUCGAACUUCCUCGACUUCGCGUGCACAUGCACGGUCGGUUACACGGGCAGGCUCUGCGACGAGGACGUCGACGAAUGCGUGAUGACAUCUCCGUGCAGAAACGGUGCCACUUGCCGGAACACCAACGGCUCUUACCACUGCGUGUGCGCGAAGGGCUACGAGGGCCGUGAUUGCAUCAUCAAUACCGAUGACUGUGCAUCAUUUCCCUGUCAAAACGGCGGCACCUGCCUGGACGGCAUCGGCGAUUACACGUGCCUCUGCGUGGACGGCUUCAGCGGCAAGCACUGCGAGAUCGACAUCGACGAGUGUCUGUCGCAACCCUGUCAGAACGGAGCGAUCUGCAAGGAGUACGUCAACUCCUACACGUGCCAGUGCCGGCGCGGCUUCUCCGGCAUCAAUUGCCAGACCAACGACGAGGACUGCACCGACAGUAGCUGCAUGAACGGCGGUACAUGCAUCGACGGCAUCAACAACUAUACUUGCGUCUGUAAGCACGGCUACACCGGAUCCAACUGUCAGUACCGGAUCAACGAGUGCGACAGCUCGCCCUGUCAGAAUGGCGCCACCUGUCACGACCACGUGCAGUAUUACUCGUGUCACUGCCCGUACGGCUACACCGGGACGCACUGCGACACCUACGUGGACUGGUGCGCCGAUAAUCCCUGCGAGAAUCAGGCGACCUGCGUGCAGACGAAGAACAAAUAUCACUGCAACUGCUCCCCAGGAUGGACCGGCAAGGUUUGCGACGUCGAGAUGGUCUCGUGCAAGGACGCGGCGAUACGGAAGAACGUGCCGGAGAAGAGUCUCUGCAACAACGGCACCUGCGAGGACAUAGGCAACAGUCAUCGUUGCCACUGUCUGGAGGGUUACACCGGCUCUUACUGCCAGGAGGAGAUCGACGAGUGCGACUCGGCGCCCUGUCAGAACGGAGCAACCUGCAAGGACCUCGUCGGCUCGUAUCAGUGCCAGUGCACGAAGGGCUUCCAGGGUCAGAACUGCGAGCUGAACGUUGACGACUGUCAGCCGAAUCCCUGCCAGAAUGGCGGCACCUGUCACGAUCAGGUGAACACCUUCGGCUGUUCCUGCCCGCCCGGCACUCUCGGCUUCAUCUGCGAGAUCAACGUCGACGACUGCACGUCAGGCGCCUGUCACAACAACGGCACGUGCACCGACAAGGUCGGCGGCUUCGAGUGCAAGUGCCCGCCCGGUUUCGUCGGGCCGAGAUGCGAGGGCGAUAUCAACGAGUGCCUGUCGAAUCCAUGCACCACCUCCGGCACCCAGGACUGCGUCCAGCUGAUCAACAACUAUCACUGCAACUGCAAGCCCGGUUACAUGGGUCGUCACUGCGAGGUCAAGGUCAACUUCUGCGACAGCUCGCCUUGUCAGAACGGCGGUGUGUGCACGGCCAAGCAGGACAGACACGCGUGUACGUGUCCUCCCGAUUAUCACGGUACCAAUUGCGAGUUUGCCGGAUCCUAUUGCGACCAGGAACCCUGUCAAAACGGCGGCACGUGUCGCGCGACCGAGACUGGUUUUCGGUGCUAUUACCCCGGCACGAUGGGGACGCACUGCGAAUUCGACGGCCGGGACGAAUGCAAGAGUAACCCGUGUCAGCAGGACGCCCCUUGCGUCAACAAGAUCGACGACUACGCCUGCGACUGUCCGCCGAAGUGGUUCGGCAAGAACUGCGAGAUCUACAGUCCGAAUUAUCCCGGUGGGGUGUUCGGCAGCAGGUCCAACGUCAACGUGCCGAAGAUCGUGGACGCGUACGAUUACAAUACCGAACGCGAGCGGAGGAAGUGUACGGAGAACCGCUGCAAGCAGAAGGCCAGGAAUAAUGUCUGCGACGAGGAGUGCAACACCCACGCGUGCAACUUCGACGGAGAGGAUUGCUCGCUCGGGAUCAAUCCCUGGCGCAAUUGCUCCGCGCCCAUCAGAUGCUGGGACGUAUUCAUGAACGGCGUCUGCGACGAGGUCUGCAACAAUGCCCAGUGUCUCUUCGACGGUAGAGACUGCGGGCCAAAGGUCGCUCCUUGCAAUCCGGUUUACGACGCCUACUGCAAGAAACAUUACGCGAACGGCCAUUGCGAUUACGGCUGCAACAACGAAGAGUGUAACUGGGAUGGCCUGGACUGUGACAGGGAACCACCGUCGUUGGCGAAAGGUGCCAUGUUUAUGCUGAGGAUGGACGCAGACACCCUCCGCAAGAAUAUCGUGUCCUUCUUACGGGAAAUCGGGAAUCAACUGAGAACGACGACACGCGUGAAGUAUGACGAACUGGGCCAAGCUAUGAUAUACCCUGUGAGCAGUGACAGGGAAGUCGAUAUGCAAGCCAUCGCCAAAAUCUUCGGCCGGUCGGCAAUGAUGUUGGAAACGUUUUCUGGAAAGGGCGUAAUCAUCUUUUUGGAGCUCGAUAACCGUAAAUGCUUUCCGACUGCCGCCACUCUCAAUACUUCCCAACGGGAAGUCACAGGAUGCUUCCCAUCGGCCAACGAGGCGGCCGAUUUCCUGGCCGCCACUGCGUCGAAGCACACCCUGCUGGGAAACUUCCCCAUUGAGCAGGUACGCGGUGUAGUGAUGCCCCAGAGUCCGGCGUAUUCCGACAGCGCGACCAAUUACAAAUACGUCUUCAUCGGGGUGGUUAUCGUGGUACUGGCCGCGUUGCUGAUGGGCGUGCUGGUGACCGCGCAGCGGAAACGCGCCGUGGGAGUCACCUGGUUCCCCGAGGGCUUCCUGAGGACCAACAGUGGCAGCGGUCAACGGCGCCGCUCGCGUCGACGCGGUCCGGACGGCCAGGAGAUGCGGAAUCUCAACAAGCAGCCGUCGGUGAACUGCAUGGACCUGGACGUGGUGAGCGGUCGGGUCCAGUCCCAGUGGUCCGACGACGAGUCGGAUUUGCCGCCGUCGAAGCGGAUGCGCGCGAUCGAACCGGGUUACGCCAGCGAUCACACCGCCAUCACCGACUACGAAGAGACCGAGCCGCGCAUGUGGACGCAACAGCAUCUGGACGCGGCGGAGAUCUGUCGGCCGGACGCGGCUGGCGUCCUGACACCUCCCAGUUUGGAACACGGCCAGGACGUGAACGCGCGCGGCCCGUGCGGCAUGACGCCGCUGAUGGUGGCGGCGAUGCGUGGCGGCGGCUUGGACACCGGCGAAGAGGAGGACGAGAGCGACGGUGCCGCGGCGAAGAUCGCCGACCUGGUCGCUCAGGGCGCGGACCUGAACGCGAAGACCACGGACAAGAGCGGCGAGACGUCGCUGCACCUGGCAGCGCGUUACGCCAGGUCGGACGCGACCAAGAGACUCCUGGACGCCGGUGCCGACGCGAAUUCCCAGGACAACACCGGACGUACUCCGCUGCAUUCGUCGGUCGCGGCCGACGCCAUGGGCGUUUUCCAAAUUCUCUUGCGCAAUCGGGCGACGAAUCUGAACGCGCGCAUGCACGACGGGACGACGCCACUGAUACUGGCAGCUCGUCUGGCUACCGAGCGCAUGGUUGAGGAUCUCAUCAACGCCGACGCGGAUAUCAACGCCGCGGAUAACAGCGGCAAGACCGCGCUGCACUGGGCGGCCGCGGUGAAUAACGUCGACGCCGUGAAUAUACUGUUGGUGCACGGCGCGAACAGAGACGCCCAGGACGACAAGGACGAGACCCCGUUGUUCCUCGCCGCACGCGAGGGCAGCUUCGAGGCGUGCAAAGCCCUCUUGGACACGUUCGCCAACCGGGAGAUCACCGAUCACAUGGACCGACUGCCGCGUGACGUCGCCAGCGAGAGACUGCAUCACGAUAUCGUCAGACUACUCGACGAACACGUGCCCAGGUCGCCGCAGAUGGUUACGGUCAUUCCGAAUGGUCCUCUCAUGGGCUCCCCGAAUCAUCCUCAAUUAAUCACGCAUCCCACGGUGAUCGGUUCGGCGCCGAAGCAGAGCAAGUCGAAGAAGCGGCCGAAGGCGGGCGGAGUGGGCAACCCAAACAGCCCGGAGUCGGAAGGCGGCGCGGUGAUGGUGAGACGAAAGCCAUCGGUGAAGAAGCCGCCGGCGAAACGUGGCGCCCAGCCGCCGCACCAGGAGAUCCCGCAAGGAGCCGAGGGCGCAGACGGCAACCUGCCGACGAGUCCGUACGACAGCGCGAGUCUGUACAGUAACGCGUUACCCCUGGUGGCGCAUACCACGACGGCGAAGCAACCACCGCCUUACGAGGACUGCAUCAAGGGCCAGUCGAUGCAGGGUCUGCAGCAACUCGGCCUGGACACCUUCAAUUACGGGCUGCCGUUUCACGACCAGCUCCUAGCGCCGCAUCAGCGGCAGCAACAGGGUAUGGUGAACACCUUGUCGCCCCCGUACAGCAACCAAUCGCCUCCACAUUCGGUGCAGUCCAACAUGACUCUCUCCCCGCAAGCCAGCUACAUGGGCUCGCCCUCGCCGGCGAAGAGUCGGCCGUCGUUACCCACCUCACCCACCCAUAUCGCCGCGAUGAGGCAGGCGACGCAUCAGAAGCACGGCAGCAUGCCGCCGGUGGGCUUCGAUUUCGACACUUUGCCCUACGCGAGUCAGGCGCAGCAGCAGCAGCAACAGCAGCAGCAGCAGCAACAACAACAGCAACAGCAGAUGCAGCAGACGCAGCAACAGGUCCAGCAGCAGUCUCAGCAGCCGCAGCAGCAGCAGCAACUCUACUACUUGACGCCGCCGUCCCAUCAUUCCGGACCCGAUGUCACGCCCCAGCAUCUCAUGCAGGCCCCGGAGAGCUUUCCCACGCCGUCACCGGACAGUCCGGGUCACUGGUCCUCCAGCUCGCCGCACUCCAACAGCGACUGGUCCGAGUGCAUAGCCUCGCCCACGAACGCCUACGGCGCCGGCGGCGGCGCUCACCAAAGCAACAAGGGCUCCGAGGCGAUCUACAUAUGAGACUGGUGUAACGGUGCUCUCCUCCUCGCGCGAGCGAAUGGUGGGAGAGGGACGAGAAGAGAUUAGGUAUACGAACUGUGAUUAUCAGCUCGUCGAAUUUCGAGCGUCUCUCUAUAUACAAGUGUCGAGACAUGGACGACCGAUAAGAUACAUUGAUAAGGACUCUUUUUUUUCUAGGGCCGUAAUUAAAUUAUAGUGGCAAGAAGGUAUUUUUCUUCAUGUUCGUUUGUGUUUCUGUGAAGAGCUACCACGACGCUCGCGCCACAAUUAAUUAUUAUUAUUAUUAUUAUUAUUAUUGUAUGUAUAUUGAUACGUAUCAAUGCUAAGUUGAAUGAAAGAUCGUUUGUUAACGAUUAUUAUCAAUGCUGUGCUUAUUAAAUGAUUCUAAAAUUAGAUAAAGAUGAGAUAAAAGUAAUUCAUCUUAGGUAAAAUGAUGAAUUUUGUUUUAAAUAUAUCUAGAUAAAGUUAUA